AUGAUUAGUAUUAUAAGAAUUCCACAACCUUCAUUGUUAUUGAAAGUUUGUCGUAAUAAUUCCUCGAGUAUCACAUCAAGUUUUGAUCAUCAUAAAAAACCUGAUGUUAAAACACAUUUAUUGUCAUUGUUAAUAGAAUUGCGAGAUAAGGAUAUUCCUAAACUUGAUAGUCGCAUCACAUCUUUAUUAAAUGUUGCUAAACAAAGUGUUCCAUUAAAUAAGUUCAAUACGUCUUUCAAGAACAUUGAAACAUUAUUAUCGAAUGAUAUUACUAAAUUAAAAUAUGAUAUAGAUCAAUUGAUUAUUUCAUUACAAUAUAUUCCGGUACAAAAUUUUGAUUCGAAUAAGAUUGAUCAGUUCUUACUUCUCAAUGAAAAAAUUGAUCGACAAUGUAUCAAUGCAUCGAUCAUACAUAAUGUCUUUCAAGGUUUAGUUGAUGUGAUUGAUGAUCUUUGGAUUGCAAAACGCUCUAAACUAAAAUUUCAAUCAACUAUUGCCGAUGUAAAAUUAUUUCUUGAACGUUUACAAGAAGAAAAUAUUGAUUUAAAAGUAUCUGUUUCACAUCUUCACAAACAAGAUACCCCAUGUAAAAAUAAAAUAUGCAUUUAA